AUGGCUACUAAUUCAUCCACAGCUCAUAGCACAGGAAGAAUUGAGAUAGAUCACAAUCAUCUGUUAUACCUUCAACCAAAUGACACUCCAGGUAGUUCUCUCAUCUCUCUUCAAUUAACUGGAUCUGAGAACUAUGCACUCUGGAGCAGAUCUAUGGCUUUAGGUUUGAUAGGAAAGAGCAAAUUAGGCUUUGUUGAUGGUAGGCACAACAAAGACAAGUUUGAUGAGUCCUUACAUGAUCAGUGGGAGAAAGUGAAUGCAGUGGAGAGAUUCAAUAUAGUAAAUGGCUCUAGGGUGUUCUAUCUACACAGAGAAAUUGUCACUUUAACACAAGGAACUCUAUCUGUUUCAGAUUACUUUUCUAGAAUGAGGAACCUGUGGGAUGAGUUUGAUGCAAUCAUGCCUUGUCCAGGUUGUAGUUGUCCUGAAUCUCGUAAUUACUCUCAACACCAUGGGUAUCAAAGGCUCUUGCAGUUUCUAAUGGGACUCAAUGAGACCUAUGCUCAAUGCAGAAGCCAGAUUCUAAUGAUGUCUCCAAUUCCAACACUAAACAAGGCCUAUUCCAUGAUUAUAGAUCAUGAGAGCCAAAGGUCUUUGGCAAGCUCUUCAUCUGUUAGUCAAGUCGCUGAAUCCUUAGAAGGAGCAGCAUUCUUCAGUCACAAAGGAGGUUCUAGUUCUGGAUUCAGGGGAACUAUUGGUAAAGGAGUUGUCAUGGGAUCUAGAAACACUUAUGGUGGAGGAAAUAUGAGCUCUGGAAGUAGUCCCUCAGGUGGAAACUCAAGCUCUGGAGGUAACUAUCCUAAUAGGAUGUCAUCCACCAGCAAUUUCAGACCACAGAAGAAAAGCUCACUAGUGUGUGAGUACUGCAGCUACAAUGGUCAUACCAAGGAGAAUUACUACAAACUGAUUGGAUAUCCUCCUGAUUGGCCUAGAUCUAAGAAAAAAGGGAUAGGUCAAUAUGCAAAUCAGGCAGCAAGUUUUGGAGAUCAUGAGCCUAAUAUGAGUCAUUUCAAUAACUAUGACAACUCUGCUCAAUUCAAUCAAAGUUCUUCUAAUGCUAGCACAUAUCAACCACAACUUCCUCCCUAUUUCACUCAGGAACAGUAUCAACAAAUCUUGAUGAUGUUGAGCAAAGGUAAUGAAGAACAGACCUCCAGUCCAGCUGCCAAUGCAGGUAUCAUGACUGCUCUAAACACUAAUACUGUAAAUACUAGUUGGAUAGCGGAAUCAGGUGCAACAAAUCAUAUGACUUCUGAUCUUAAGUUGUUACAUAGCUAUCAUGAGCUUCCAAAAUCUGAGAAGAAUACAGUUCAUCUUCCUACAGGUAGUGUAGUACCUGUGUCUCAUAAAGGAAGUUCCAAAGUUCUCACUAAUCACCUUAUCUUUGAUGAUCUCUACACUUGCAUGGUGAAGGGGAUUGGUACGGGAGGAUCAGGGACUAUACAUUCUGAAGGGAAGUUCUUGCUGAGAACAGACAAUGGUUGUGAGUUCUUCCGUACUGAAUUCCAGUCUCUCAUAUCAACUCUUGGCAUCCUACACCAAAGUUCAUGUGUUUACACUCCACAGCAGAAUGGAGUAGUAGAGAGAAAACACAGAACUAUUCUAGGAAUAGCCAGGUCACUGAGAUUUCAAGCUGCUAUUCCCCUAAGAUUUUGGGGUGAAUGUGUUACUACAGCUGUAGUAUUUGGAUGUCUCAGUUAUGCUUCCACCACUAGAUCCGCAGAUAAGUUUGCACCUAGAGCCAUACCAGGAGUUCUUAUGGGGUACUCUAUGACUCAGAAAGGUUACAAAAUCUAUGAUAUUCACUCCCAAAGCUUCUUUACCAAUAGAAAUGUUAUCUUUAAAGAAUCUAUCUUUCCAUUUCUUCAUGUCAAGUCUCCUGGUUCUCCUCUCUUUCCUGUCUUAAAUCUACCUGUUAUACCUAUCUCACCUCCUCACACUACUCCUGCUGCUACUCCUAUCCAAGGGGAGUCCUCUCCUCCCACUUCUUCUUUUCCCAACCCUUCUCCUCUCAUCUCAUCUAGUCCCCCUCCUCCUAUAAAUCACUAG